GGUGCGCGGCCGCGUCUCGCGCCGACAACUCCAUUCAUCCGCCAGUUGCGAAAGGCAGUCCGAGUGAGACGCACGCGACGCUGCGGCUCCGGUCAAUACAAACAACUUUAAAACACAACAAAAACUAUCCCGCGAAUAAUUAAUUAGACGAACACAGUGAUAACUUUUAGUACAACCGAGUCGAAUCUACAGCUUGUAAUAAGCGACGAUUAUUUACUUAUUACAGUUAAGUUCGCUAAAAACAAACUUGCAGUGUCUCGUGUGAAAUCGUUGUGAGUUUUUUGUGUGAAAUAAUUUAUUUGGUUCACGAUCAGUGUUUAGAAACUAUCCUGCAUUGUUGUGGAGGCGCAUUCCUUGGACUAACCUCGGCCGACCGGUUAUUUAAACAGUCAUAAUGUUGCCGAGGAAAAGAAGUGUGAUGCUGCUCAGCAUUCUAGUCGCGAUGGUGAUCCACCAGACAGAACAGUAUGGCUCCGGGGCUCCUUCAGGGGCCUGUAUAGACCAGACACCGCGACACGAGUCGAUCCCGGCGCAGUCUUCCACUCCCCCCUACAUCAUCCUGACGUCGACUGCACAAGUGAGGCAGGGGGACACGCUGCAGGUGACAGUCGGCAGUCCCGCGGGGGCUCCGCUGCCCAUUGGAGGGUUCAUCCUACAGGCUCGGCAGAUACAGAACCCAGACGUGAUAGUGGGCAAGUUUGUAGGCGUUCCAGACUCGAGUCUGACACACGUGACCACGUGCAGCAACCCCAACGACACGGUGACUCACUCCUCGCCCGAGGAUAAACCUGCCAUGACCUUCCAAUGGCAAGCGCCCACAGACUUCCUUGGAGGCAUCGAGUUCAGAGCGACCGUGGCCCAAAGCUACGCGACUUUCUGGAAGAACGUGGAGUCUCCCCUAGUAGAAGUUGUGACUCCGGACACCGUCACCAGCGCGCCCGCCGCCGCGCCAGCCACCACCAGGGCCACGCAACCACCGCCCGUCAUUCUAGAGAGCAAGCCAAAACAAGAAGCAGCUCCCCUCGACGUGGUCUACCAGGGCUGUGCUGACACUAAACUAUGCUUUGGAGUACCACAGAACUGCGUUACCAAAGGCGACUGCAAGGCCGUACUAGCAGUAUUCGUUUCUGGAGACCGAUACACGUUCGAACUGCAGGCCGUUGGCAACCCUAAGUACGUAGCAGCUGGUCUAAGUACUGACAACAAGAUGGGUGACGACAGCGCCAUGGAAUGUGUGAGGAAUGACAAUGGGAGAGUGAGUCUGUUCACUUCGUGGACUUAUCCUAAGGUUGAUCCCUAUGUGAGCCGGUCCGACUCCCCUCAAGAGAUCGUCCAGCUGCAGGAGUCGUCUGUGAUCGAUGGCAAGCUGUACUGCAAGUUCAAACGAGACGUGGUGUCUGUCGUGCAAGGGAAGACGUUCGACCUCGCCAACACUAUGUACAACUUGAUGGUGGUCGCCGGCAGCGAGAUGAAGGAUGCGAACCGCGUGGGUUUCCACGACCUGGCGUAUGAAGCGACCGGAGCUCCGAUGUCGCUGGCUACAGUCGGCACCGCGGCCGCAAGCUCCAAGCUACUGCUCAAACUACACGGCAGCUUCAUGUUGCUCGCUUGGCUGGGCACUGCGUCGCUUGGCAUUCUACUGGCUCGCUACUUCAGGCAGACUUGGGUCGGCAAGCAGCUCGGCGGCAAGGAUAUCUGGUUUGCUUACCAUCGCAUCUUCAUGGUGUUGACGUGGCUGCUGACGGUGGUCGGGUUCAUCCUGAUCCUGGUCGAGGUGGGCGGCUGGUCCACUACCGGAGACAACCCUCACGCCAUCACCGGCAUCGUCACCGUUAUCCUGUGCUUCAUACAGCCUAUUGGUGCAUACUUCAGGCCGCACCCGGGCACUAAGACGAGGCCGAUCUUCAACUGGGCGCAUUGGCUGCUCGGGAACUCCGCUCACAUUCUAGGAAUCGUGACGAUCUUCUUCGCGGUGUACCUGCAGAAGGCGGAGCUGCCCUCGUGGAGCGUGUACAUCCUCGCCGCCUUCGUCGCCUUCCACGUCAUCAUGCAUCUCGUGCUCACUUUGACGGUGUGUGUGUCGGACGGACGCAUCAGCAACGGGCGUAUCAACGCGUUCCCCAUGAAGGACAUGCUCGGCCAGACGCGGCAGGCCACGCAGGUCGACCGCAGUACCGACGCACCGUUCUCAAGCUUCAGACGGCUGCUCCUUGGUGUCUACACGCCCAUAGUGCUGAUAUUCGCGAUCGCCAUGGUCUGUCUCGUGGCCCUAGCGCCCAUCACUGAAGUAUACGACACCAUCAUGGGAGCUUGAAUCAUAGAGUAACAACCAAAUGAUAUUGUACUAAUUUUAAAAUUACAAGGAUGGAUGUGGCUUUAAACAUAUUUUAAGUAAAAACUUGUUCUGCACUGCAAGGGAUUUAAUCAAUUUAUGAAGGGACCGGUUUUAAUCAAUCAGAAUAUCAGUAAAAUAUAAUCAGGAAUAAUUUAAGGCUAACGUUUUAUUUAUGACCGAAAAUUGAAAUUCUAUGUACCUAUAGAAGUUUGAAAAUAUAAAGGACUCUUAACUGGAUUGUGGACGUACAUAUACAAAGAAAUAAAUAAGUUAUUGACGAUUCCAUUCCAUCCAAUUUUGGACGUCCCAUAGUCCAGGGUACAAUUUUAAGGUUAACGACCAUUUUUCAUAACAGGUUUAAAAUGUGUUUUUUGUGAAAUAAUGUUUACUAUUGACUCACUGUUUGUAAAAUUAUCAUUACAAUAUAGGUAUCUAGUUAAAGUACAGAGAUAACUACUCCGUCCAUUCGUAUGAUAAGGAUAAUUGUAGUUAGCUAUAUCAAGCUGUUGUGUGUGUAAUAUUUAAUUAAUUUAAUCAAUCGAUCUAAGAUAACAAUGUAAAUAUAGUUGGAGAAUUAAAUCUUUAAUAAUAAGA